AUGUCCACGGAAGACGGCAUUUAUGGGCCACCCUCGUCGUUUGACGCGGAGACUGGCAGAAUGGCACGUCUCGAGCACUUCCUGGACGCCGUCCUCCGCCAGUCCCUCGAGAAGGUACUGCGGGAGCGGGACACGGUGUACACAAUGGCCUCGGAGUGCUGCCAGCUGCGGGAACUCUUUCAGGAGAUGCGGGCACUUUCCUCAACACACUCAUUCAUCACAGACGGCGACGCGCCUUCUUUACCCGCCACAAUGGCAGCGGGAGAGGGAGAAAAAGAAGAUGAAGAAAAGAGGCCACAGCGCAAUCAAAUUAUGGUUGAUAUUGGCAAUUAUUUCUUUGUGCAGUGUUCCGUCAAGGAUGGGUCGCAGGUGUGGGUGAAUCUUGGCUGUGGUGUGGUUCUUCCAAUGUCAACAGCGGAGGCGGAUGUGUUUCUUCAGAAAAAGGAAAAACUUCUGCGUGAGCGGGCGGCACGACUGAGUAAAGAAGCACUACGUAUCAAAUAUCGCAUCCGUCUUGUGAUGGAGGCCAUCAGUCAACUUUACGAUCGAGCGACGGGGCAGCGGAAGUGA